CCAGUUUUGAAAUUCAGGGAAUUGUCUGCGCUUAACAGACAAGGAAAAAGAAAUUCACAGUUGGCAAGAGGAGAGGAGCUGUGGAUUUCACCUGGGGUUUAAAGGAAAAACACAGGCGGCUUUUGCGUCCGUAGUGGUAUCACUGCACACGGCGUAGCGUGUGGCAUCUUGCUACGGGGUUCGAUAGGUGUGUGCUUGAUACUAGCGCAAUGAUUUAUCUAUAGUUGCGCUGAGGAAAAGACGACGCACAUUUGAAAAGCUCAGAGAAGCACAAAGGGAACGCGUUUGCUGAGGAAAAUAAAAAAAGGCUGUUUUUUCAUUCAUUUUCUCAGAUGCAAAGACCCUCGAGACAUCUGCGGACACGCCGUUAGCAUUUCCGUUUGGAUUGCAUUAUUGUCCGACUGCCCGCGUCCGUGAGAGCAAGAGGUCGUACACCGACACAGCCCGUCUGUCUGCAGUUUAAAUCGCUGUUUGAUUGGGAACAACCACUUUCAUCGUUGAUUUCAAGGUGUUGUUGCAAAUAUUCGGAUAUACCCUUGCUGGUCGUGACAGAUUUCGCCAUACCUGCUUGAACUUCACAAGUUAAGGGGAUUUUGACUGCAAUAUCCACGCGAUUCUUUGGUAACCGACUGUACAGCUGGUCGGGGGGAAAGGAAAGGACCUGCCGUGCGUAAAUGUUUAAACGGGCUGGGGCUGUCCCUUUGUGGACGCGUUCCGCGUGUCACAACAGCAGAGUGUGCUGCGGAGGUGUAAUCUGAACGAAGCAUCAUCCAGUACGCAGGGAAUGAGAUGGUGGCAGUGAGGCUCUGAUCUUCAUGCAUUCAUAUGCACAGUCCGCGGGGAUUACAAACCAAAUUACCGAGGAAAUUCGCAGGCUCAACAAAUAUUUCUAAAGUCUGGGAUUGGCAGGUCCCGCUCCGCGGACAUCAGGUUUACCUUUGGAUCACCGUAAAGAAGAGUGCGGGAAGUGCGGCGCUGCGUGCGAAAUAAUUUGCUGUUUAAGAAAAAAAGAAACGGUAAAGAAAAAAAUACAUCAGAUUGUGGCGUCUGUAGCCUACUUAACCCUGUUUUAUCGUUAACACCAGACAUGACUGAACGGGCGAUCUGAGGUCAGAAAGAUAUCGCCAAGCGCCUAGUAUCUGACCAAGCACCACUUUACUAACCGGCCACUGUAUUUUUAAUUUUAGAGUUGAACAGAACGGAUUUGAAUGCAAAGAGUGAUAGUUCAGAUUUGAAGUGCGUUGUACUUCUCGACCACCCAUUCUGGACAGGUGUUUGGGCGAAACGCAGUCUGCAAGAAGAAACCCAUCCAAGAAGGAUAUUACAGGGACCCUUUGUGCUGGGGCACAAAGGAGAGAACACAACCAUGGGGAUCCCCACCCUUCUGUUUGCCUGUAUGCUGCUUGGCGCUAGCUCGGCUCAGCGGUUGGUGACGGUUCAGAGCGGGCCGCUGGUGCGCAUGGAGGGCUCCCACGUCACCAUCUGGUGCAACGUGACCGGUUACAAGGCAGGCGUGGAGCAGGACUUCGAGUGGUCCAUGUACCUGCACUCGGCGCCCACCCGCGAGAUCCGCAUAGUCAGCACCAGCCAGCCCAACUUCGCCUACAGCGUGUUCGCCCAGCGCGUCAACCGCAAGGAGAUCUACGUGGAGAGGCUGAGCAGCGACUCGGCCCUGCUGCACAUCACCAAGCUGGAGGCCAAGGACGAGGGCGAGUUUGAGUGCUACACGCCCAACACGGACGGGGAGUACCUGGGCUCCUACAGCGCCAAGACCAACCUCACCGGUGAGUCUCGGCGCCCUGCUCUGUCUUUGCUCUUCCCGCUCAAAUUCCUCCUGUCUUUCUUGAUCCCGGACACCCUGAGCGUGACCUCAGCCGCGCAGACGCUGGACAAGGUGGAGGGCGAGAUGCUGCAGCUGAGCUGCGAGGUGUCCCGGCAGACGGCCCAGCACACGCACCUCUCGCUGGGCUGGUACCUGCGCUCGCCCGACCAGAGCACCCCCCCGCAGGACCUGGUCACCCUCUCCCGCGACUUUGUUCUCCGCGCCGGCGGGCCCUACAAGCAGCGCUUCACCUCCGGCGACCUGCGCCUGGACAAGGUCAGCAGCGCCGCCUACAGGCUGACCAUCUACAAGGUGCAGCCGGCCGACCAGGGCCUGAUCUACUGCGAGGCGGCAGAGUGGAUCCAGGACCCGGACCGCUCCUGGUACGCCAUGACCCGGAAGCAGUCGGAGAAGACCACGGUGAAAGUCCAGCCCACAGACAGGGACUUCAGUAUCCAGGUGAACACGGAGCGCCGGGCCUACAUGGCGGGAGAACCCCUGGAGCUGCGCUGCUCCAUCGACGCCCAGAACAUCGGCGAUCGCUACUUCUCGGUGUCGUGGGUGUUCAGCAGCUCGCCUGUGGCCGUGGUGGGGCCCAGUGCCGUGCCGGUUCUGAGUGGUGACUACGUGGAGCGUGAGGCCACGGGCCAGAUGACGGUGCGCAAGGAGAGCCCAUCCGUCCACCUGCUGAAGCUGCAGCGGCUGCGAGCGGAGGACGCUGGGAAAUAUAUCUGCCGGGUCACCGAGAGGGAGAAGACGCCCACGGGCGACUUCGUCGACAGGACCAAGAGGUCGCGCAACGUCCAGAUCACCGUCCAACCCCUGAAAAGCAACAUCACUGUCUCGUUGUCCAGCAACUCCUCGGAGGUUCUGGAAGGCGACUCCAUCCAGCUGACCUGCUCCGUGCGGGCAACCACGGACAAGGCCGGCGGCCUCUCUGUGUCCUGGCAGUGGGCGGACAGGCAGGGCGGGGCGCCGCAGGACCUGGCUGCUGUUGACCGGGAGGGGACGGUGAGGGCUGGCCCGUCGUACCGAGAGCGCAGCAGCUAUGGCGAGGUCCGCGUGGAGCGGGUCAGGCCGGACACGUUCACCCUGACUCUGCUCCACGCUCUGCCCGCGGACGACGGCCAGUACACCUGCACCGCCACGGAGUGGGUCCAGGCGCCCGACCGCUCCUGGGAGAAAAUUGGAGAGAAGUCCGCGGUCAAGUCCGUGACUGUCAAAACUGUCGAAUCUUCCUUCUUCGUGUCAGCCUCAUCGCGGACCCCCAGCGUCACCUACGGGGACUCCUUCGACCUGCAGUGCAUCGUGAAGCCGCGCCACAACCCGCGCGUGCCCGCGGCGGUCACCUGGCGCUUCCAGCCCACCGAGGGCGCCGGCGGCGAGGGCGGGGGCGAGUUCCGCGACCUGGUGACCCUGACGCGGGAGGGGACGCUGCGGUGGGGCGACCAGCCGCUGGCCGCAUCCGUGCGCGCCUCCGUCGACAGGUCCUCCACCAACAGCAACUUCCGGCUGAGCGUGAGCCGUGCCGGGCGGCGGGAGGGCGGCACCUACCAGUGCUCCACCCAGCUGUGGCGGAGGAACUACGACAACACCUGGAGCAAGGUCGCCAACCGCACCUCCAACCUGCUGGGCAUCAACGUGCUGAAGCCGGUGAGCAAGCUGCGGGUCGACAAGACCAACCAGAGCCUUUGGUUCGUGGAGGACAGCCGGGUGCGGGUCAACUGCUCCAUCUCGUCCCAGACCAGCCCGGACUCGCAGCACACGGUCCUGUGGUACGCCCGCAAGGGGGCGGAGCCCGAGGACGCCGCCGAGCUGCUGCUGAAGAUCAGCCACAGCUCGGGCUUCGAGUACGGGACGUACGCCGAGGAGGAGCGCCUGAAGAGCCGGGUGCAAUCGGAGCGCCUCUCCCCGCGCCUCUACGGCCUCACGCUGCACCAGGCCGAGACCAGCGACAGCGGCAUCUACUACUGCCAGGUGGAGGAGUGGCUGCUGGACCCCGACGGCGCCUGGUACCUGCUGUCCCAGGACUCCUCCGGCUUCACCCAGGUGGUGGUCUCGCAGCCAGAGGUGCGGCUGCAGGUGGAGGAGGUGGAGUCUAACAUCACCGUGCAGGAGUCCGGCUCCAUUCGGCUGGGCUGCAGCAUCCCCUCCCAGUCCAGCAAGGACUCGCGCUUCUCUGUGUCCUGGUACGUGGCACGGGCAGGCGGCGACGGCAGCGAGGGCGGCGAGGAGGCCGAGCAGCAGUGCGUCUUCUCCAUCGGCCACGACGCCGUCUUCGGGAACGGGAACUGCAGCCCAGAUGAGGCGCCAGGGCCAGACUCGCGGCUGCGCUUCGAGAGGCCCACCUUCGACCUCUACAGCCUGACCAUCCAGGGGGCACGGCCUGCCGACGCAGGCAGCUACUACUGCCAUGUGGAGGAGUGGCUGCUGAACCCGCGCAACGCCUGGUACCGCCUCGCCACAAACAACUCCGGCGUCACCAUCGUCAAUGUGCUGGAGCGAGCUUCCACACUGCAGUCAGUCGUCUGCUCCAACGACUCGCUCUUCUACUUCGUCUUCUUCUACCCAUUCCCCAUCUUCGGCAUCCUCCUCAUCGCAGUCCUGCUGGUGCGCUACAAGGCCCGCAGCUCCAGCAAGAACCAGGAGGGCAAGAACGGCGCCCCCUUGCUGUGGAUCAAAGAGCCGCACCUCAACUACUCCCCCACCUGCCUGGAGCCCCCGGCUCUCAGCCUUCACCCCGGCUCUGUGGAGUAAAGGCGCCCCCCUGUCACGGAGGAAGCCACCAGGAAGGCCUGGGCUUGUCUGAGCGCCCGGCCUGGGCUGUCACCGCUGUGUCAAAGCUGUCAAAUCCGUCCACACAUCUCCGCCGCCUGUGGCUGGAGCCCUGGGUUGCUUCUCUAAUUUACAAGGAGGGCCAUAUCUGCCAGACUUUUUUUUUUUGGUUAACGUUCGCCAUGUGAGCUCUCCCUCACCGCAACCCUCCCCCAGCCACAAGGCCACCUCUGGUCUGCUUCAUGGGUCAUCCAUGGACAAAAAAAAAGAUUGUCACUUUGCCAAAAUCAAGUUCAAAUUCUGUUCUUCUCCUUCAAUGUAAACUGCUGUUGGAUGUCCUUCGAGGUUUAGCGUGAAGUCCGAUUCUCUUUCUGGUUGCUUGAUGGUUUGUUUUUUUUCUUUUGUAUUCGUUUGUCACCAUUUCAAUUAUUCUGUCACAUUUUUAUAUCGCUGUGACUUUUUCAGUGAACCACAGAAUGCACCGUUGGUCUGAGCUGUUGGAACACAGACACAUGGAAACAAUAACAGCAUAAAACGCUUGUAGGAAACACUUUGUCCGCCUGUAAGCCUAGUCAGGAAUGGAGCAAUGAGAGGGAUCCUGUGUCCAUGUUAAGGCUGGAACAUAAAUGCUGUUGUUUCAAAGCAACUGAAGGAAACAAACUGUGGAAUGGGCUGGUGGUCUGUGCCAAAGACCCAGAGACACUUGGUCAAAUGCUUUCACUUUGGAUUAUCAACCACAGGCAGUCUUGUCAGGCUGAAGGCAACUGGGACAUCUGCAUUAACUAUACUUGACUCCACCGGAUAGUGAACACACAGUCAUGCCUCUGAACUGUACUAUUUCAAAACCCAGAAUUUGUGGAGACGAGGCAAGAACUUUAACAAAGGCAGUGGUUUGGGUGGAUGUUCUGAUAAGAUUAUUAGCUGUAGGUGUGUAGGUGAGUGUGCUAGGUAUGAGGGAAAGAAGAGUUCUUCUUGCUCCAUCGUGUUCCUCUUUGCUAGAGCUGGAACCAGGCUGGCUCAUUAUUCCCCUUUUCCGCUCUGGUGCUCGAACCAAGCUGGCUCAUUAUAUGCCUUUUCCAGUAUAGAGCUGGACCCAGGGUAGCAGGAGUUGGAGCCACAGCUGGCUGACCUGCUGCAGCAUGGUUAAUUUUUCAUUGCAUUUCUCACUAUCAGAGCUGUAGCACAUGAGGCCACUCUGACUGCUACUGUGUACCCAGAUUGAGACAACUGCCUCGGCUUUGUCUGCAUUCCAAAAAAAAAAAAAAAAAAA